AUGUUGUUCGUCCUCGCACUCAUGACCUCGGCGCUCGUCGCAGCCCAGGGCUCUUUCUAUGACCCCGCCAGGAACGUUACGUGCCAAGUCGGAAGCGGUGGCAAUAUGACAUGCCAGGCUGGCGGCUCCGACGGCCGGAUUCAGCUUUCAGCCGUCCGUCUGCCCCAUCUUCUCGGAGGAGCCGACCAGCUCCACAUCGACUACUACAUCUUCCUCGUCCAAGCCUACGUCGUCGUCGUCGAAAACGUCGUCCUCAUCCGUCAAGCUGGCUACGACUUCGAAGCCCCCAUCCACUUCCUCCAGCCCUCCUCGAACCUCUUCGACCCUCCUCACCUCGUCGGCCCUCAAGGCUCGGUCGAGUGGUUUGCAGAAAAGAGUACAGGUUGUCGACACCAGGCUAGCCUGCUCGUUUUACUGCGCGGCUCAGGGAUGGUGCAAGUACGCCGUGAUCGCGGAUGUAGCUUGUGA